UGGUAGAAGUGAAUAAUGGAACUAUUUACUUUGCUACAAAACCAUGGUGAGCUGUUCAUUGUUUGAGAAUUGAGACGUGCUAGAGGCCAAAUUAAUCUGGUCGAUUGUUUUCAACGUCAAAAUUAGAUCGCUUUAGGUAUCAAUUUUAUAAUGAAAAGUUAGUUCCAAAAUGGCAGGGAUGUCACCAUCUGAAAAACGACUACAAAAAGAACUAAUGUCCCUCAUGAAGGAGCCUCCACCGGGCGUAGAAGUGGAUGCCGACUUGGCCGAACAGAAUUUGUUACAUUGGAUUAUAAAUAUGGAAGGGGCUGCAGGAACGUUGUAUGAAGGAGAACGUUUUCAAUUGCAAUUUAAAUUUAGUAACAAAUACCCAUUUGACUCGCCUGAGGUAACAUUUGUAGGGAAUAACAUUCCAGUUCAUCCACACAUAUACAGCAAUGGACAUAUUUGUCUUUCUAUACUAACAGACGAUUGGUCACCUGCUUUGUCAGUUCAGUCGGUCUGUCUUUCGAUUGUAUCGAUGCUCAGUAGUUGUAAAGAAAAGCAAAGACCACCAGACAAUGCUUUCUAUGUGAAAACUUGCAAUAAGAAUCCAAAGAAAACAAAAUGGUGGUAUCAUGAUGAUUCUGUAUGAAAAUAAUUUACUUAUGGUCUUGUGAUUUUAAAGAUUUUAUGUAAUGCUAGACGCUGUUAGUUGUAAAUUUUUAAUAGAUUUUAUUUAUUAUA